UGACGGAGGAGGCCUCUUGACUACGGUGGGUUUUUUCUCCUCGCAUUUAAUCUCUCCUUCUGUGCGACCCGGUGCCUCGUGGGCUUCCGUGGGACGCUCCCGUCGGACGUCAACCGACCCAGAUUGUUGAUGUUACUGUUGGGAAAGGCGAAAAAGGCCUCUCCAUCAAAGAAAAAGAUGAAAAUGUUGAAAACUCAUUAAGCAGUUCCUCCAACAGUGGUGAAGACAAGGAUGAAGAAAUAAGUGAAGAAAGUGAUAUUGAAGAAAAGACUGAAGUGAAAGAAGAACGGCAGCUUCAAACAAAAAGGGAAAUGGAAGAAAGAACAAUAACUCUAGAAAUCCCUGAAGUUCUGAAGAAGCAGCUGGAGGAUGAUUGUUACUACAUUAAUCGGAGGAAAUGGUUAGUGAAACUUCCAUGUCACACCAACAUCUUAACGAUUUUGGAAUCCUAUGUGAAGUAUUUUGCUGUCAGUGCAGCGUUUACAGCCAAUGAGAGACCUCGUCACCAUCACACUAUGCCACAUGCCAACAUGAACCUGUCUUUUAUCCCAGCAGAAAAGAACGUUGAGCUUUGUAAGGAGAUGGUGGAUGGAUUAAGAAUAACCUUUGAUUACACUCUCCCAUUGGUUUUACUCUAUCCGUAUGAACAAGCUCAGUAUAGAAAGGUGACUUUGUCUAAGCUUUUUCUUCCAAUUAAGGAAAGUGCCACAAACCCUAAUGGGAGCCAGGAAAAGCCCUCUCCCAGCCCAUGUCUGUUGAAUCCAUCCACACCUCAGUCUACAGAGAGUCAGUCGACCACCAGUGAACCAGCCACCCCCAGAAAGCGCAAAGCCGAGCCAGAAGCAUUGCAGUGUCUGAGGCGGUCCUCACGCCACAUGGCCAACUGUGACAGGCUUUCUAAGAGCAGUGCCUCACCUCAGCCCAAGCGCUGGCAGCAGGACAUGUCGGCCAGCAUGCCCAAGCUGUUCCUGCACCUGGAAAAUAAGACACCUGUGCAUAGCAGAUCAUCUUCACCUAUUCCUCUGACUCCUAGCCAGGAAGGGAGUGCUGUGUUUGCUGGCUUUGAAGGGAGAAGAACUAAUGAAAUAAAUGAGGUCCACUCCUGGAAGCUUGUGCCUGACAAUUAUCCACCAGGUGACCAGCCGCCUCCACCCUCUUACAUAUAUGGGGCACAACAUUUGCUGCGACUGUUGGUAAAACUUCCAGAAAUUCUUGGAAAAAUGUCCUUUACUGAGAAGAAUCUGAAGGCUUUAUUGAAGCACUUUGAUCUCUUUGUGAGGUUUUUAGCAGACUACCACGAUGACUUCUUCCCAGAGUCAGCUUAUGUCCCUGCUUGUGAGGCUCAUUACAGCAUGAAGAACCCCCAGGCAAUUUAUUAAAAUGUUGCUGGUUCUGUAAAAACAACUGCUCCAUCUAGCUUGGCAUUCUGAGUUGCAGGUAAACAGCUAACAAGGUGGUGGGCCUUACCCAAAGCACAAACACAACACUCACCUGGGGGCUCUGACAGAGGUGUGCCAUGUUGUUUGAGUUGUCCACAUACUGUAGUUAUUCUGUGUAGAAUUAUUUGCUAGGUGCCUGAAAGUGUUCUGCCAUUACGUUUGUACUUUGCAGGCCAUCUGUGAUGGCAGGAAAAACCAGCUGUGUUCACAGUUCCUAAGUGUACAUAGGUUAAGCCAUUUCAGUAGACAUUGCAGUUAGCAAGAACCACAUUGUUUCACAGUUAGCAUUAAGCAAAAUUUUUUUGCAGAUUGGUUUCAUUCUCUUGAUGAAGCUGAGGAACACUGUCCAACAAGGUUUAGUUUGUACUUGAAAACUGCAAAGUAAUCUGAAAGUAUUUCAGAGGGAAUCGAUAUUGAUGGCAAAAGACAAUUUGCAGCUAUGCAUUUGCUUCUAACGGUUCCCUCUCUGUGAAACAUCGUUUUUGAUGAUCUAAAGAAAGCAUUGCCUUUCUGUUUGCAAUUUUACAGCUGUACUUUUUUGUGUAAUCUUACGGUUCCCUUUUUGUAAAAUGUUCUUUUUGGUGAUCUAAAUAAAGCCUAUCUUUUUUGAGAAAAAAUCAAAUCAGAGCUAUAACUACAGAUAUAAUGAUUGGAAUAUAAGAGAAUGCUACAUAUUCAUUUAGACCAGUAAAUUUGAAAGUCUUAACAAAAUGAAUGACUAUGUAGGAAAACGUGUUAUAUAAACUGGCUCCCCUCGAAAACAUACGUAUUCCUCACUGUAACACCUGACAACCCCAAAGGUAGAAGUUAAAACUAACCCACAUAUUUAUUGUGCACUAUCAAUACUGACACUUUUUUUUUGAGAUGGAGUUUCGCUGCUGUUACCCAGGCUGGAGUGCAAUGGCGCGAUCCCGGCUCACCGCAACGUCUGCCUCCUGGGUUCAGGCAAUUCUCCUGCCUCAGCCUCCUGAGUAGCUGGGAUUACAGGCACCCACCACUAUGUCCAGCUAAUUUUUUGUAUUUUUAGUAGAGACGGGGUUUCACCAUGUUGACCAGGAUGGUCUCGAUCUCUUGACCUCAUGAUCCACCUGCCUCGGCCUCCCAAAGUGCUGGGAUCACAGGCGUGAGCCACCAUGCCCAGCCCCAAUGCUGACAUUUUAACGUAAAUUUUAGGCCACAUAAGCCUUAGCCUUUACAGUCAGAAAUUCCUUAGGUGUUAGCCCACAAAUUGCCACAUAAGAGAAGACAGAAAAUCUGUCACUUUCUGUGAUCCUAACAGAAAGUCCACAGAGGCAUAUCUUCCCAUUGUGACUUCAGUAGCAUCAAAUAGGAAAGUGAUAAUACCAUGAGAGAAUGAUGUGCCACCCACAGUAUCUGAAGUACAGACAAAGCUGGGUGUAUUUUUGGCUAGUUAAUUUGAGCAAACCCCUUAAGUGUCCAGAUGCAUUCUUCCUAGAUUAUCAUAAUUCUCUUGCAUGUCCCUGAAAGGAUAAGCUAUGUCACAGGGCUAAGAAGUUGAACUGUGCUAGUCCAAGUCGGGAUGUGCUCUAAGUGUGAGAUACACACUGGAUUUUGAAGACUCGGUAUGUAAAAAUAAAUGUAACAUAUCUCAGUAAUUUUCAGCAUUGGUUAAAUGUUGAACUGACAGUAUUUUAGAUAAAUUGGAUUAAAUUAAAUGUAUAAAAAUACCUUCACCUGUUUCUUUUUACUUUUAAAAAAUGUUAAUAUUUUAAAAACUUAAAAUUACCAAUGUGUAUCACAUUUUAUAUAUAUAUAUACUUUUUUUUUUUUUUUUUUUUGAGAUGGAGUCUUGCUCUGUCGCCAGGCUGGAGUGCAGUGGCACAGUCUCGGCUCACUGCAAUCUCCGCCUCCUGGGUUCAAGCAAUUCUUCCGCCUCCGGAGUAGCUGGGGCCACAGGCGUACACCACCAUGCCCAGCUAAUUUUUGUAUUUUUAUUAGAGAUGGGGUUUCACCGUGUUGGCCAGGAUGGUCUCGAUCUCUUGACCUCGUAAUCUGCCCGCCUAGGCCUCCCGAAGUGCUGGGAUUACAGGUGUGAGCCACCGCGCCCGGCCCACAUUGUAUUUUUAAUGGACAGUGAUGCUCUUGAAAGUAUUACCUCUGUGGCAUGGACUAUGUCAAAAACUCAUUGCCUUUUUUAACUAUUCUUUGAUCCAAUAUCCAAGGCUUAUUUAGUCUCAUGUAUCCAAGCAGUUGCAGCCUCCACUAAGUUAGUCAAACCAUCAUUUGGUCUUGAACUAGGAUUACCUUUAAAUCUGAUGUUAACAUAUGCAGCAAAUCCCUACUCUUAGAAACCACCCAACAUUUUUCUGCUGUUUACUAAUUUGAUUGUUACUCUUCCCUUCACAUAUUACCAUAUUCCUAUGUAACACACUCAGUCUGGCAGCCUUCUGUUAUUCUUAUCCAGUGAAGGAGAAGCUUAUACUUGUGUUCUCUUCAUUCAAAAGGUAUCCAUCCCUAUAAUCAAUCUCUGGAUAGUCUAAUACAAAAAUCCCAAUGUAAUGUUUUUUUAUGUUAUCUUAAAAAUGAAUAAAAAGAGAUGAUGCCAGGAAGUAUAGGUGAUAACUACUUUUCUUGCCCAAUUCUAGGCUUUAUUAGAGGGCCGGAUUUUAUAAUAUACCUCUCCUAAGCCAUUGCUUGUGGAGUCAAUCUGAACGACAAUUUGAAGUCAACUUGAAGGGUUAGUUGCCUUGCCCACUCUUAGAAAAGACCCAAAUAAUAACCAUUCCUAUAAUGAAUGCUACCAAGGUGAAUUUGAUCAAGGUACAUAAAGCCAGUUUAAAUUCCUUAGCCCAAAUAGUAGCUAUGGAUAAUAGAAUAAGCUUGGCUUUUAUUUGGGCCAAAUAAGAGAGUCUAGGCCAUCACUAAUAAUACUUUCUGCUAUAUCUAGAUUAAUUCUAUAAGUGACUUGGACCAAUCUAUGUCAAAGCUAAAAGAAAGGCAAGGUGAGCUAUUCAGGCAGUUGUUGAGAAUUCUUUUCUUAGGAAAUCACCCAAUCCCUUCUUAAAAUAAUAUUCCUUUUGUUUUUGUUUUUAUUUUUGAGAUGGAGUCUCAUUCUGUUGCCCAGGCUGGAGUGCAGUAGAGCAAUCUCAGCUCAUUACAACCUCCAUCUCCCAGGUUCAAGCGAUUCUCCUGCCUCAGCCUCCCCCAGUAGCUGGGAUUACAGGUGUGUGCCACCAUGCCCAGCUAAUUUUUUUGUAUUUCUAGUAGAGACAAGGUUUCACCAUGUUGGCCAGGCUGGUCUUGAACUCCUGACCUCACAUGAUCCACCCACCUUUGGCCUCCCAAAGUGCUGGGAUUACAGGCAUGAGCCACCGUGCUCAGCCUAUAUAUAUAUUACAUAUGUAUUUAUAUAUAUAUACAUAUUUUUUAAUCUCACAACUGUUUGAGAUCUGUUGUUCAGAGUCUUAAAAUGCUUUUGUGCAGCUACUGUCCUGACAGAUGAUUCAAUGAAAUAUUCGAAGAUAAAAUCAGAAUGAAAUUCUGCUGAUUCAUGUUCAGAUUGAAAAUACUAUCUUUGCAAAUGAAACCUCUUCUUCAGGAAGAAUCAUCCAUUGUGGUAAAGAGGUGGGUAAUUUUUUACGAUUCUUUCUUGUAACUUUGGCUGAACGAGAACAAAGACAGGGGACUGAGAAUAAAAAGGGUUCCAUGGACCUCUCUGACGACUCAGCAGUGUCACAUGAGUACCCACACGUGCACAGACUGCAUCAGCCCCUGACACCACUGAAACUCCGUGAAUCCUGAACGUCACACUCUUCAAAACUCCAUCUACUGUCAGCAGAAAAGACUAGCAUUUGAAUAGGCAGGCCAAGUCAAGAAAAUCACCCUCACCGAUGUGGGUAGGCAUGGUCUAAUCUGUCGAGAACCCCUGAAUGGGAUAAAAAGGUAGAGGAAGGGUGAGUUUGCUUUCUCCUUGGGCUGGGAGAUCUAGCUUCUGCCUUCAGACAUCAGAGGACCUGAUUCUUGGACUGGAACCAUCCCACUGCCUUUCCUGGACCUCCAGCUUGCAGACAGCAGAUGGUGGGAGUUCUCGGCCUCCAUUAACACAAGAACCAAUCCCUCAAAGUAAAUCUCUAUCUAUCUGUCUAUCUGUCUAUCUAUCAAUCUAUCUAUCUAUAUCAUAUUGGUUCUGUUUCUCUGGAGAACUCUGGCUAAUACCUAAAAGUUGUUUCCUAAAGGAAAAAGAAAGUACUCAUCUAAUGAAGACACCAUGUUGGAAUUUAGGAAAGGGCUUCGGAUUGUUAUGAAUUUCCACUGCCUGGACGGUUUCAGUAAGUCAAGAUAGACAAGUUUAUUUGCCCUCAAGACUUCUACAACUUCCGGCAAACCUCAAGUUUGUCUCUGAUAAGCUGGCACAAUAAGACAUUUUUAGGUUAAGACCAAAUUUCUCAUUUUCCUCUUUUUUACCUGGUUUCAGUCAGUUUGCCUUCCUUAUUCUUUUCAGACAACUUUAAAUUUUGACUCUGAAGGGGAUGAUGUUCUAUGGAAGUCGGAUUUAUUGUAGAUACAGUGCCAUACAUAUCAAAAGAAGACCUAUAUUGUUGUCUAUCUGUAUUUAUAGACAAUUCUCUUUAGAAGAUUAGAGAAAGAACAGGGAAUUUGGGGGUGCUAAUAGCUCCCCGAGAGUAGCACCGUUGAACAGAUUUUGAACUAUAAUCUUUAUGUUUCUCAGUAAAGGUCAUUGGCUCUUCCAACACCUUUCUUCUCAAAAUCUACAGGUGUCUUUAUUUAUACCCUCGCGAUACUUAGAGAAUACAGAGACCCUUAGAUUCUUGUUUUUAUUCGGGGAACCAGUUGUUUCAUUUAUAGAGCUGUAUAUUUAUUUUUAUUUCUAGCUUCUUUUUUUCUAGGGCUCAGCUACUUGUUAGAAAAUGAUCUGGGCCAGGCGCAGUGGUGUACGCCUGUAAUCCCAGCACUUUGGGAGGCCGAGGCAGGCAGAUCACGAGGUCAGGAGUUCGAGACCAGCCUGAUCAACAUGGUGAAACCCAAUCUCUACUAAAAAUACAAAAAUAUUAGCCAGGCAUGGUGGCAUGCACCUGUAAUCCCAGCUACUUAGGAGGCUGAGGCAGGAGAAUUGCUUGAACCUGAGAAGCAGAGGUUGCAGUGAGCUGAGAUCGUGCCACUGCACUCUAGCCUGAGUGACAGAGCAAGACUCCAUCUCAAAAAAGAAAGAAAGAAAGAAAGAAAAGGAUCUGUUACCUUCUAAAUUCACAGUUUUCUAUUUUUUUAAGGCUCCUGAUUCAAAUCAGAGUCCAUUUUCAACUGUUGAUUCUAUCCUAGGACACUGUUCAAAAGGUUCCUGGAAUCUAAUUUUUAAAUCUAGUGUUUAUUAAAAUUUUAAUCUUUGUCCAAUUUACUAUUUAACAUAUUUCUCAAAUGAUUUUAACGAGCUUCCUUCUUUUUGUCUCUAAGAAUUUUUUAAAUUUUCAGAUGGAUUAUUUAGAUCUUUGCUUUUCUAACCUCUUGUUUUUAACUACUUUCCCCAUUUGAAGGGCUAAAAUGAAGUGAACUAGUCUAUACACAUCUAGCCAUUCAUGAAACUAGUACAUAGCAAAGAUGCUAUUGCAAAUAUCUGUCCAUCUUCCUGAAGUAUAAGAAAAUAUAGCAUUGCUAUGGACCGAACUGUGACCCCCUAAAGUUUAUGCGCUGAAGCCCUAACCCACAAGUGACUAUAUUUGGAAACAGGGCCUUUAAGUAGAUAAUUAAGGUAAAAUGAGGCCAUAAGGAUGGGCCCCUGAUGCAAUGGGGUUAGUAUUCUUAUAAAGAAGAGACACCAAUGAGCUUGCUCUCUCCCACAUACUCUCCCCACAUGCACAAUAAAGAGGUCAUGUGAGCACAUGGCCACCUGCAAGCCAACACAAGAGGCUUCAGAAUGAAACCCACCUUGCUGGCACCUUGAUCUUGGACUUCCCAGCCUCCAGAACUGUAAGAAAUAAAUUUCUAUUGUUUAUAAGCUGGUGAGUCUAUGGUAGUCUGUUACAGUAGCCUGUACAGACCAUCUUUGACUCAGCUCUAGAUUAGGUUUUAAAUUCAACUUCUAUAUAUUUGCCUUCUAAUCUUGCACAUUUACGUGAAUGUUCCUUUCCUGAGAAAUCCUAAGACAAUACUAGCUCAUUUAGAAGAUCGAAGGAAGGAAGAAAAGAUUAGAAGGGGUACAAGUGAAAACUUGCUGAGAUCCAAACAGGCUGGGUCUCAGAAGGUUCGUGUCCUUGGACAACUUGUGUUUUCAGCUCCAGCACACCAAAUAAAGAAGCUGACUAUUGAAA